AUGAAGCAUCUCGCGGCUUACCUCCUCCUCGGCCUCGCCGGCAACAGCGAACCCUCGGCGGACGACAUCAAGGGUGUUCUCUCAUCUGUUGGUGUUGAUGCUGACGAUGAGCGCCUGGAAAAGUUGAUCGGAGAGCUCAAGGGCAAGGACAUCAGCGAGUUGAUCGCUGAAGGCUCGACCAAGCUUGCGUCCGUCCCAUCUGGUGGUGCUGGUGGAGCAGCCCCUGCUGCUGGUGGUGCUGCCGCCGGUGGUGCCGCUGCUGCUGAAGAAGAGAAGCCAGCCGAGAAGGAAGAGGAGAAGGAGGAGUCUGACGAGGACAUGGGAUUCGGUCUCUUCGACUAA